CGACCACCUGCUCUAUGGCGUCAGCAUCAUCCGCAGGCGGAACGAUGGCGAUCGAUACGGCAGUGAAACGUUCAAAGUAGGAUAUUUAAGGAAAACCACUGCAUGCAGAGGGAGAGCAGGACGCUCACCCAGCUGAUUGGCUCGACAAAAAGACGAGUAUAAAACCUGCUGCUGUCAAAUGCGACGGUCAAGGAGCAGGAGGUGGAAACCAUAGCAACGGACUUGUCCUGCGUGUCCUGAAGAUGCCUCUCUGUUUUGCCAAGGUUGCAUCAGAGUCUGAGGUGAAGGGAAGACAGGCAAUCAUACCAUGGAUUUCACCAUGGAAGACCAACUGGUCAAAAACAACAUAAUAUGUGUACCACAAUAAUAAUCAGCCAUGCACAGCUUCUCUCGGGUUGAUAUCCCCUGAUAAUCGCUGCUAUGGCUUUUUGUAAUGAAAGCCUGCUGGAGGAGUGUGACUUCAUGGAGCCGGACAAUGUGGAGGAAACAGCAGAAAGCCUGCCAUCGGAAGCUGCGACUCCUCUCAUAUCAGUCACUCUGCGUGUGACCCUGGCAGCCAUAAUGAUCUUCAUGAUUACUAUUGGUUUCCUCGGCAACGCAAUUGUGUGUCUGAUUGUUUACCAGAAACCUGCCAUGCGUUCUGCUAUCAAUCUCCUCCUCGCUACGUUGGCCUUUUCGGACAUUAUGCUCUCUCUGCUCUGCAUGCCCUUCACUGCAGUCACUGUGGCCACAGCUGACUGGAGCUUUGGGAGCGGGUUCUGCCGAGCCUCCAUCAUGCUGUACUGGCUGUUCGUCUUGGAGGGGGUGUCCAUCCUCCUCAUAAUCAGUGUGGACCGAUUCCUCAUCAUUGUGCAGCGGCAGGACAAGCUGACCCCACACAGAGCUAAACUGCUGAUUGCAGGUUCAUGGGUGCUGAGCCUGUGUGUGUCCCUGCCGUCUGUGGUCGGGUGGAGGACUGGUGCGGCAGGUAUUGGCGGUGCCUGGGCGCCGCAGUGUGUCCUGGGAUAUAGUGAGUCUCUGGCAGACCGUGGAUACACAGUGCUCUUAGCAGUUGCAGUAUUCUUUGUACCAUUUACUGUCAUGUUGUACUCUUACAUGUGCAUCCUGAACACGGUGCGUCGCAACACCCUGCGCAUCCACAACCACACCAGUGAGCAUUCCUGUCUGCCAGCUCUCAACCAAGUCAGCAAAAUGAGACUUACUGGGCUGCAGCGCCCCCCUCAGGUCAAAGUGGACAUGAGCUUCAAGACACGAGCCUUCACUACCAUCCUCAUCCUCUUUGUUGGUUUCUCAGUGUGCUGGUUGCCGCACACUGUUGUCAGCCUGCUGGCCGUGUUCAGCCGGCAGUUCUACUACAGCUCGGUCUUCUACCCGAUCAGUAUAGGCGCUCUGUGGCUCAGCUACCUGAAGACAGUCUUUAACCCCGUCAUCUACUGCUGGAGGAUCAGAAAGUUCAGGGAGGCCUGUCAGGAGUUCAUUCCCAAAAGCUGCAGACUGUGUCCAAAAGCGCCAGGCAGGAGCCGCAGGAGAGUGAGGCCCAGUAACAUUUAUGUGUGCAGUGAGACUCAAUCAGCUGUGUGAAACAAGGAGGACCAGUUGGAUAGAUGCACAAACCAGCAGCUUUUGACACUGCUAUCAACUGUUUUUAACUCAUAAUCUUCCUCUUAACAAGCAAUGAGAGGCCACUAAAGUUCAUCUUAAAAGAAUAUACUGGUUGUUCAUAUAAUCUCACCACAAGAGUGAACCUUCAGUCUCAACUUUAAGGCAAAGUGGAUGAUGUGAGUGGUUAGAGAAAUGUAAAUAUGAACAUUGACAGUUCUAUGGCAACUCCAUCUGGUGAGGAAGGUCAUGUGACACAGUCAAAAGCUCCAGAGUAGUUACUGAAUGGAACUUGUGGUGAGAUUAUUUAGUGUGAAAGAUCACUAUUGAACUUUCGGUUUCAAUAUACAGUGGUUGACUUAACUUCAUGGCCUGAAUGGCCUCUGAAACUUACUGCCAUUCCAACAGUUUCAUAACCUCCACUGUCCAUUUACUUCUUUGUUUCAUAUUUUGUCCCCUCAAGUGGUUCAUCAGUGUUAUUCUGUUGCUUCAGACUGUAAACUUAACGUUCAGUCUUUGAGUAGUAGUCGUGAUAAUUAUUCAGUUGUUAGUUAUGUGAUGAGUUUCACAAAAACAAACUAAAAAAAAACAAAAAAAAAACAUACAUGGUAUUAAUGUUCAGUGAUGUUCUCAGAGGAAAGUCUGACAGCUUUUUGAAAAACUAAUUUUAAUGAAAUUUGUGCAAAAACGAAAACUUUUAUUAGUUAAAAACUGUUACUUUGGACCACGUGUGUUAUCAAAGGAGAGUGUCAGUUAUUCAGCUGUAAAUGUUACUUGAAUGAUGAAACCACCUAAAUAAAUAUAGUUUUGAAAUGAA